UUCAUCAUCCAGUAGAUGAAUAUUAAUCAAGGACGUUAAAAAUUAACGUCCUUGAUAUUAAUAGUUAUCGUGAAUAUGAAUAAUAAGCGUAAAAUUAAAAACUUUUAUGAGUUGUCUAAACGCCAACAAAGGCGUAGAAUAUUGGCGAGUCAUAAUUUAAAUAAUCAAUUAAGACGGGCUGAAACCUGAAACUGUUAGUAACAAUCAGUGCAAUGUUUCUCUGGAAAAUGAAAGUAAUAUACAGUCGUCAUCCACAACUACAUCACUUCAAAAGGACAACCAGAAUUUGUUCGAUUGCGCAUCGUCACCAUUCGCAACAUGUUACAGUUCGUCAUCCGUCUCUGAUACUGAUACAUCUUAUCAAUGUCUUCCUACAAACGAUAAACCUGAAGUUAACUUUGAUAGUGAUCUGCGUGAUUUAAUUAUAAAACAUAAUGUUACUCAUCGAUUUGUUAAUGAUUUAUUAAUACUAUUACGUAAUAAUGGGCACCCUUCUUUACCCAGUGAUGUGCGGACAUUCAUGAAAACACCUGUUAAUACCUCGAAUAUGAUUUGCACUGUAGCUGGUGGAGAGUAUAUACACUUUGGGUUAAGAAAAAUGUUAAUUGAUUCAUUAUCAUAUCAUAACUAUACAUGUGCGGUUGUUAGCCUUAACUUUAAUAUUGAUGGACUACCUAUUUCUAAAAGUUCAAAUGCACAGUUAUGGCCAAUCCAAGGAGCGAUUCAUGUAAAGGACACUUAUAUAGAACCGUUCAUUAUAGGUUUGUUUUAUGGUAUGAAAAAGCCAUCAGAUGCAAAUGAAUUUUUGAAACCUUUCUGUAUCGAAGCCAAGGAUCUUCUAGAAAAUGGAUUAUUUCUGAAUAAUAAUAAAAUAUUAGUUAAGAUAAAUGCUUUCAUAUGCGAUGCCCCUGCUAGAGCAUUUAUCACUGGUACAAAAAAUCACAAUGGAUAUUUUGGGUGUUCUAAAUGCACCACAGAAGGAACUUUUAUAGACAAUAGAGUUACAUUUCCCGAAUUAGACGCAACCUUACGUACAGAUUCCUCAUUUCAGCAAAAUCUACAAGAAGAACAUCACAAAUCAAAUACUAUCCUUAGUACUUUGAACGUAGGGAUGGUAACUCAACUACUGCUUGACUAUAUGCAUCUUGUUUGCCUAGGAGUAAUGAAGAGACUUCUCCAGUUCUGGAUAAAUGGUAAAAAAGAUUUGAGAUUGAAUGAUACUUCAAAAGAAAUAAUGAACAAAAAAUAUGUGUCAUACAGGAAGUUGAUAACGUCUGAAUUUAGCAGAAUGCCAAGAAGUUUAUUGGAGAUUGAUCGUUGGAAGGCUACAGAACUACGUUUUUUUUUGAUUUAUGGUGGUGUAGUUGUGUUGAAGUGUUGAAGGAUAUAUUGAGGAAAACAUAUUAUGAACAUUUCUUAUGCUUAAGUAUUGCCAUUCGAAUUUUGUGUAGUGGGCAGUUAAUUGAACAAUAUAUGGAGUAUGCUGAAAAACUGUUGUUGUACUUCGUAAAGCAAUAUUCAACUUUAUAUGGAGAGUGCUUUAUGUCGUAUAAUGUUCAUAAUUUAAUUCAUGUUUGUGACGAUGUUAGGAAAUUAGGUGCUCUUGAUAAUUAUAGUGCAUUUAAAUUUGAAAACUAUAUGGGAAAUAUUAAAAAUAAAAUCAAGACUGGUUCUAAUCCACUUCAGCAAAUUUUUAAUCGCAUUAUGGAAAGUAAUAACCGAGGUGAUAAGGUACUACAACCCAUUAAAGCAUCGAUUAUUGUUUACCCUAAAGUUGUUACAAAAAAAGAUCAAAUCCACUCACUAGAAUUUAAAACUUUUAAAUUAACAUGCAAAGAACCAAACAAUUGCUGUUUGUUGGAAAAUGGAAAUGUAGCAUUAAUUCAUAAUUUUUUUAAAAAAAACGGGCUCAUUUUUGCCUUAAUGCAUAAGUGUACAUUACGUAAAGAUUUUUUUGCAGUUCCAUGUGAGUCAUCUAAUUUUGAUAUAUAUGAUCUCCUCACAGACAAGGAUAAUAUAGAAGUUUUAGAAAUACCCAUAACAAACAUAAAACAGAAGUGCAUAAUCCUAAAAACAAUUAAAGAUGAAAAUGUAGUGCUUCCCAUUUUGCAUGUUGAUUAACAAUGUAGUGAAUUUAGAAAACUAAACAAAAUGUGUUAAUAUAAAUGAACAAAAUAUAAUGAUUCAAUAAAACAGCAAAACCUUCAAUUCAGGAAAAAUGCAUCACAUCUGAAAUAAUUAUGGCUUUUGCAGUAGUACGAUUUCUGGAUGAGGUGGAUUCUUACUCGGAAAUUCCAGUAUCCUGGAUUUCAGACGACAAAUUAUACUGUUAUUGGCCUAGCCAUAAAAACUGUGGACAAUUAAUGGCAAAAGGUGUGAUACCAGAUGAUUCAUGGGGCUGCGAAAGAAUAGGUAUAGAAGGAUAUUAUGAUACUUUGGAGAAAGCCAGGAAAAUGGCCAAUGACCCAAAUUAUACAUCACAUGAUGAAGAACGCAAGAGAUGUCCCAAGCCUUCAAAAUGGGUCAACAUUAACACCAGCGAUGAGGAUGAGAAUGAAGGCAUCAUUGAUGAGCCACCACAAUUACCAAUAAAAACCAAAACAAAAAUUAAAGACAAAAGGUUGACACCUGCUUCCCAACAACAUACCUCACAGCAUACAGAUCAAAUAUCAAAUGUUACAACAUAUGAAAUUCGGGAUGGCCUUUUGACCCAAAUCGAAAGCGAACCAACGGUAACUGAUCUUUUGCAAACAGAGAAUCUCCAAAACAUACCUUCGCCCGAAGGAAAUAAUGAACAUUCCCCUAAUCUUGAUGCAGAUGAGGAUGAAGUUAAUAUAACCAUAGAAAAAAUGAACAAAUUAAUAUUAGAGAAUAACUAUUACCUCAAACAAAUUCAUAAAAGGCUGUGCAAUUUAGAUUCUAUUAAGAAAAUGGAACCCACAAGCACAGUGACUGAAGCUCUUGCUAAAAAGUUCCCACUCACCAGUCUUGAACAACUUGUAGAAUAUGAAAAAGAAUGUAGUUCUACGAAGGAUAUACAGGGUGAAUCAGAGCACCCGUCCCAGGCUUUUAUCUUGGAAUAGAGACGCCUUAGAGUUUUAGGAAAAAAAUUUUCAUUACCAAAGCCUACCUGAAGAAUUUAAUGGUAGUAGUCUCUAUUUCCGGAAUUAACCGGAAGUAGGCGUAACAGCACUCAACUUCAGAAUUUCAAAUGGAACCCUAGGUCUUGUGUGGUAUCGUUGGAUAGGUAUUUUGAAAACAAACAACUUUUGUAGGAAA